AUGCCAUCCGUGUCUAUCUUGAAACCUAUGAAGGUGCGAGGUGUCACGAAGCUUCCGAAACCUUUCAAAGCCAAGAAGAAGGAGCCGCUCGCCCUGCCGCCCCAUCUCAUUGAGCAGAUUCAGGCGUGGCACGAGAGCGAGAAGGCCAGCAGCAGUGAGUUUUUAAAAGAAAUGGAAACUUUGUGCGUCAGAAAGAACCUUACAAUUCGUGUAGUUUGUUAAUGAGAUACUGUAAAUACUGUAAUAGAAGGGCACCCCGCAAAAUGAGCUAGAGCAGUUUUUAGUCGAUUUUCGGACGUUUCCCACGUUUUGAGCACUCUGAAAAAUAGAAGGGCAUGUCCUUAUAAUACAGUAUUUACGGUAUGCGAAAACUAUGGACUUCCAAAGCGCUCUGAAUCUGAACUGACAUCUUCUCUUCGUUCAACUUCAAUCUUUACAGAAUCUCAACUGACACCCUGUUACUUUGAUCCGUCGACGGGAAAAGUCUAUGGAUCGCCGACUAUUUCGAAGACGGACCCCAAGAACAGAAGCAAAGCCAAAAGUCCGAAAUAUCAGGCCAAAAGACACUUUUUCCUCAAUCACUUCCGGAAAAACUCCAAACAUGUUCGGAAGGCGAAACGGAUGAGAGCUCUCAAAACGUUUUAUCGGAGACGAGCGGCGAGGGAAGAAAUCAGUUCAUCACAAAAGGGGAACAAGACUCGCGGAGAGGUGACUAUCGCGAGAGUUCGUUCGAUUCCGGACCUUUCGAAGACUCACAAGAGCAAGAAGAUUGAGAGUGAGUUUGCAGAAAAUCAGCCAGUGAUAAACCAUGUACACUUCCAGCUCAACCGAAAAUGACGAUUGUGAGACGGAAAGAGGAGACGAGACCUUCUUUCAAAGCUAAGCGCCAAGAGAGUGAGUCAUCAGUCAUUCGCCUUUUUCUUUUUACGGACAAACAUCUUUCAGACAUGGCUAUCCAGCAUCGGAAUCUGGAACUUCCAGCUAAAGAGUUGGCCGAAAAGCAGAUGAUCGAGAAGCUCCGUGGACCUCCCCGACUCUCCGAUAUUCUCAAGUUCAAAGUGGAUAGUCAUCCCAAACUGAUUGUGCCCCGGAAGGAAGUGAACGACGCGUACAAGUACCGCAAAUCAGGAGGAAGAGGACUCACGAGCUACAUUUACUGGCGUGUCAAGCAGCUCAAGCGAAUGAAGCUACCACCUGCCGAAGAGCGGGAAGAAGAGCAGAAGAUCAUGGCGAUGGUGGACAAGAAAAUGUUCCAGGGAUUCCACGAAGCCGUUAAGAAGCUUGCGAAUCCUCCUGUCCAGACCCGAACGAUCGUUGGAUUCGAAGAGAAGAGUAUGGCAUUGCAAAUAAAAGACGCGAACGAUUUGGCUAAGCAAGUGAGGGCGGAGGAAGGAGAAGAGGCCUACGAGCAAGUGAUGGAAGUGGUCAACGAAAUGAAGGACAAGGGCGCCGCUCCGAGCAACGUCGACAUUCAUGAACCACUCAUUUACACGAAAAGAGAGUGCAUGACAUUCAUGGCCACCAGGAAAGUGAACAUGGAAGAAAGAGACCCGACCGAGAAGAACAAGAGGUUCAUUGUGAUCAGAAGUCAGGCGUGCAGCAAACCAACUGGAUACGUUUCCGCGGUUCCGAUGAAAGAGUUUGAGAUCAAACAGGAGAUUAUGGAGGAAGAAGAUGGAGAAGAAAUGGAUUGGGAGGAGGAUAUGAGUUUGAAGAGAGAAAUGGAAUUCGACUCGGAUGCAGAAGUGGCCGCUAGGUUUGGUGACGAUGAGUAUGAUGAUGAUGAUGACGAUCCGAAGCUUAAUAAGGUUCCGAGUGACGACGAUGAACCAUGGAAUCCUGUAGGAAACAACAUCAAGUUCCCGGAGUACAUGAGGGAAUCUCCAGCGACGCUUUACGGCGAAAAUGAAGAGUGGACCGAGGAGUUGAGAAAGAUGCUGUGUCUCCAAAUCCCCCCGCAAAGCACCCAAAUGAGUACGAAUCGGACCGCGGAAGAUCAAAUGCAUCAGGACUGCCCCCGCCGCCAUUUGCUGGGCGCUUCUCACGCGAAUCGAUAUCUCUCGACCGUGAUUCUUCCCGCCGUCGUCAGAUCCAGCAGAACCAUCAGAGGAAGGAAGUAGAUCAUCUUCGCCCACUCUCGUUGGCUGCAAGAUUCUUCUGAGAAAAGACAGAGUCGUCCUUCCUUUCUCGAAAAAGUACAAGAGUGAGGCUAUGCAGUACAAGGCGAAGGUGGAAGCGCAAUUGGCCCAGUUCCCGUUGAACGACGUCCCCGACCAUCAUUCGACCUAUUCCGAUUACAAUGAAAAGAAAGGGCGGAGAUCCCUUUCAAAACUCCGGAUGAGUCCGACACCGGAGAUCGAAGAAAUGCAGAAGGCAAGAUUCGCGAGAGAAAUCGCAGCACUCGCCAAACUCCAGGACGACGAUUUCAAAGUUUUGGACGAAGACGCGUUGAUUUCGGAUCCGGUGGUGAUGGAGAAACGCAAGAGCCUGAUGGACAGUUUCUACAACGAAAUGAAGGAGACCGAAGUGGACAAGAUCGAGCCGUGCAGGAACCGAGUCGAGGCAUGGGUCGAGGAGCAGUGGAAGAUGCAGCAGGAGGCGCAUCAAGUUCGUUGCCCCGAUACUGGACUCUUCUAUGGUCUGCCGAGACCACCACGGAACAACAUGGUCGACACGGAAACGUUCAAGUACUACUACGAGCACAAUGUGAACACAGACGGACCGCCGGCGCAGUACGACUCUUGCGGCGAGUCCGAGAUCUCCGACAUCUCCGAAAGUCUUUGGACGGCCGAGGAGAAGAUUUCGCACGCCCGCCUCGUUUCUCACUUCAGUGACGGCAUGAUCAGCCUCGGAAUUCAAAAUUGCUUCUACUUCGACGACCCCAAGUACACACCGUUGGCGAUUCUGGCGGGACAAGAUAAGGGCGCGUCGACGAUGACGGAUGCGAAACUGAGAAUGAUCAGAGGGAAGGAGAAGAGGAAGAGAAGAGUUCGCGGACCGACCUAUGUGAUGAAGGGACCGAUUCCGAAGGAGUUGCGGAGAAAGAAGCACCGGCAGGUGUGGACAAUCGACUGGAUGAUGCGGAGAGUGCAGAUAUUCAAGGCCAAUAUGGGCAGGACACUCGGCAAGUACGGAAGUGUAACCGUGAAGGAGGAGAUCGCCAUCAUCUGGAACGGCUUCAAUUCGUCGUUGGACAACGAUAUUCCGGAGAUUAAUGAAGGCGAGGACGGCGUGUUCCGAGAUCUGACGGCCGAAGAGCUAAAGUGCAUGGAGAUUUUCAAAGAGUACGAAGAGCACAACAACAACGGACAACUCUCGGUGCCGUGGGAAUGCCAGAAACAGCGGCCGCGGAAGAGGGAGAGAUUGGGCAUCCUCGAAAACCUCUAUCCACCUGAUUUGGCGGCUGAGCUUAUAAAGAAAGGAGCUGCUUUCAAACGAGAAGAUGAUGAACGAAGACGGCGUGCGACUCUCGGAUACAUGUCUAUGUCGGAUUCUUCCGGCGACAGGCGCGCUCUGUUCGCACGGGAGAAUGUCGAACCAGAUAUCUCAGACGAAGUGGCAUUGGAGAAUGUGGAAGAAGAAGACGUUUUGAAAGGAAUGGGAGCGGCCGAGGAUGUCCCGAUGACUAUGGAUGACUUUAAGGACAUCGAAAAGGAUCUCGAUGACUUCCAAGCUGUCGGAAUGACUGCAGAUGAACAAUUUGGUGUUCAAGAAGAGGUCACUGAGCCAGAAGGUAUUCAUGAAGCCGAGAAAAUGCAAGAGAGUGAAGAGCCAGCUCAAGAAGAUUUCUGUGAAGUUGAGCCUGAAGUUGUCGAAGAAGUAGCUGAAUGCACCGAAGAUGCUCCAGAAAAAACACAGAGUCUCGAGCCAGUUGCCCCUCCACCAUCACUCCACGACGACGGACAAGUUGCUCCAGAAGCCGAAAAAGAUGCAACACCUCAAGAAGCCCAAGACGUCAAAGAAGCCGAAGACUCUCCGGAAGUUGCUCCACAAAUCGAAGCUUUACCAGCUCUCGAAAUCAGCACGGAAGCUCAGCCGUUGCAGUUGGAAGAAAAGUCAUCUCCAGAUGAACCAGUCCCGAAAUCUGGCAAACCUGCUGGAGACUCGUCUCCGAACUCCUCUGAACCGACGGUUUCCGAGCAGGAGCCAGCUCUGGAAGUCGUCGAGCCGACUGGUUCUAAACGUCGGAAGCAAGGAGCGCGGAAGAGGAAAGCAGAUGCGAAUCUUUGCUUAAUUGAGGAACAGCUCAACAGAGCCUGGGUCACUUUGGGUGAGUCAAUAGAAGAUCCAAGAUCAUUGUCCAGUUUCAAAUUUUCAGGUUACCAACGUUCCUCCGCAACUGAAUCAUGGACACCAGUUUCGAAGAAAAGCUCCGAGGAGAGAGUGGAACUGAAAUCUACCGUCAGCCAUCAGAAACUGGUUUCUGCUGUUCCACAGCCAACUGAAGAACUGAUGCAGCCGUCUAUACCUAUCGAGAGUACCGUUGGGCCCCAUCUCAAACCAGAAAAAGAAACUGUACCCAUCUUGGAGCCAGCACCAGCCGACGUAUUGAAUGUUCAAGAGAAGGGGCCUCUGGGGAUUGUGGAAUCCCCGGAAGCGGAUAUUAAGGAGCCUGAAACGGAACCCGUCCAACACCCGGAGCCCGAAGCCAUUGUCGAUCAACUGCAGGAACAACCAGUAGAGUUAGAAGAGCAGGAACCGAUAGUGGAAACUGCUGAAGUCCUGAAAGUUUUGGAACUAAUUGUGGAGCAUACUGUCCUUCAUGAGCCGGAAGAUCCCCAACCAGCUGGUGAGCCCAUCCUGGAACAGAGCCUCUCGCACGAAUCAGUCUCCUCAACUCAUACCGCCAUUUCCCAUCACCCCGCACCAAGCAUCGCAUCAAAUGCGCUUGAGGAAGAAUAAAGGCGGUCGACCGAAGCGGACCACGAAUACUCCGCAAGCGAGAACUCAGCCGAAGAGAGGAGUCAAGGUGGCGGAUGCGAAGGAGCCGGAGCGGCAAGAAGAGAGAGAGAAAGAGGAAGAUCUGCUCGCGCCGGAGCCUGAGCUAGAGCAACUUCCUGCCCGAGAGAUUAUUCCUGAAGACGAGCUGCUUGGAUUGACGGAACCGCCAAAGAUCAACUCGAACUCUCCCGAACUGUUCCUCGAUCCAUCUGCCUUUUUGACUGAGCCGUCUGAAGCUGCAAUCAGUCCGCAGGACAGUGAAUUGGAACUUUUGUAUGGAAAUAUUGCCAACGAGGAGGACUUGCUGCUGCCCCAAAACUGCGAAGUAGAAGCUGAGCAACAACUCACUGCAGAGCAACUUCUGGAUGAUGUGGAGAUGGAGCCGGUGGCCGAAGAACCUGUUGCACCUGUGAAUCCGCAAGAACCGGAGAAGAGGAAACGGGGACGGCCACGCAAGAAGAGCAUCAGUCACCUUUUACAUGCAGAGAAGAAGGCUCAGCCGGCAGCAGAUGGAGAACCAGAGGCGCCGAAAGCAGGAGAAAGCGGCGAGCGGAGCAGAACAUUGAUAUCAUUGCCAAAGUGCCAGCGACCAGAUCGAAGACGAUGUUCCUGUCGAAGAACAAUCCGGCGCCACGUGUCCGAGGUAUCAACUUGCCGGGUCCAGAGGAGAGACUGACCGGGGUGGCCCCGAAAGGACUGCCGCUCAACGACUCGCCCGACAGUUCGCCAGAAAAGAUUUUGCCAAUGCUGAAGAAGGCGAUCAAGGCUCAAGUAGCACAAGAAGUUGAGCCGAAGGACGGAGAAGUGGUCGAUGUGGAAAAGGAAAUAGUCGAGGAUUCAGAGUGAGUUCGAACGAAUGAAAUAGAGAUCAUAACCUUCCGAACAUUUCAGAAUCGAAGUCAAACAAGAAGAUCCGGACGAGGCGUGGGUGGCUCCCGCCCCGAUUCUCGAAUAUUCUCGCAAAUCAAAAAAACGCCGACGUGAGGAGAUGUUGGCCAAAACCAUUGAGAACAUUAAAACGGAGGACGGACCGCCCGUUGACGAUGAGAUCCAAGUUCUCAUGACGAACAUUGCGAUCAAGACUGAGGUAGAGGACGACGAGUGCGUGAUCAUCCAGGCCAACUUCAACGUUCCGAAGGCUGUCGACGUGGAACCGGAGACCCAGUUGCCGAAGAUUCUGGAGAGCACGUCGACGCACCGCUUCUGA